AUGCUCUUGGACCACCCUCCUUCAGUGCGCUAUCAAGAGUUAUGGAUUCCUCUUCCCAAAUCCUCUCAGUUAUGGGCUGCUUCCAACGAACCAGAGAGACGCGAACUCCAAUGGAACGAACCAGCAGGUCGCGAAAAAGCACUCUUUUCAUUCUUCAUGCGCGAUGCCCUUAAUCCCAACCGCGGAAAGUUGCCGUAUUGUCUUACCGACAUCGACUACCACCUGAGCACUUGCGCAACCCAGACAACCAUCUGGGAAUUCGCACGAGAAGCCCACAGUUCCAUGUCAGACGAGCUUGCAGAAGAGAUUAAUCCUGGCAUCUUCGUCGACAUGGCACACCCACACCUAACCCUCUGGCGAGACAAGCGCAAGCAAGACUGCUCCCUUCUCGAGCAAUACUUUGCGGGCGACCUCUACGGAACCGAGUAUCUCCUAGCUCCGCUCACAUUCACACUGAUGUACAUGUCCACGCUGAAAAUGUUUGCUCCGAUGAACGUCCUGCGUAUCAAAGGGCAUUACUACAAAUCGCGCCCCGGCGCCGCAAUCCCAACCCGCAAGCCCCAAGCCCACCUCCUAAGCUGGAUAUCGACCGGAUGUCCCCGUGCCGCGCUCUGGAACGCCGCGCAAGUCUGCCGCAUCUUCACCAUCGAGUCUGCCCGCACCGAGUGCGACGUCAGAAGCGGAAUUACCUGUCCCCUUCUGCGCACGCGUCUGCGGCUUAACCCCCUCCUCAUCCCUGGCGUGCUCAUGAGCGCCAUCGUAGCAUGCUCCUACGCGCGUCUAAAGGGGCGCUGCGCGAACUGCCGCAGCGACGCCGACUCCCCGGGAACUUCCUCCUCAAAUACUACUACCAACGAUGAAGUAAUCGACCUAUUCGAAGCAAAGGAGCAGGACGAGGCCUUCCAAGCGUGGAAGAACCACGGGACGCAUGUCCCGUACUGGGGUGGGAUCUGCGGUAGCGAGCGCGUGCGAGUCUGUAAGUGUCAGCUCUCGAGUCUCGCGGCCUGGUUCCGCAGUGCGUUCGCGGAUGAUGAGGCCGCGGAAAUGGAGUUUGUGCUUUUUCUCGCGGAGCUGAGCGGCGAGGCAAAGUAA